CACUCAACAGAUGCCGGUGACUUUUAGGACCAAAACAUUUGGGAGGAUGGAAGCCCCGCAUGUGCCCCACCCCUCCUCAUGCAGCUUAGGGUCUACUUUAGCUGCUAUAAGAACCCUCCCUGACGCGAUGACUAUCACACUGGAGCAUCCUAUUGGCGAGUGUCAAAACUAACUGGGGACUCCUGCUGACUAAACCUCCGAGUUACAGCUAAGUUUACGCACGGCUCUUGUCCAUAUGUUUCCAACUUGAAAAUAAGGGAUCGGCUUUGCCUUGGGAAACACUUGCCUUACAUAUGAUGGCUUUCACUAUGCUGAGGCCGGUGUCGACGCAUCCCUUCUCUUACCCCGCUGGCCUGACCUUGAUGUCGGACGACGAAGAGGGGAACCGCAGCGAGAGCGACGGCAGCACCGACCAGGGCUACGGCUGCUGCGGGAUUCCGCGGGACAGUUAUAGGCGGGAGAACGGCGUCGUGGUGCCGCAUCGGAACGCCGCUAACGCCAGGGAGAGACACCGGACCCAGAAUGUCAACACGGCCUUCACGGCGCUGAGGACACUCAUCCCCACGGAACCGGUGGAUAGAAAACUCUCCAAAAUCGAGACGCUGCGCCUGGCGUCCAGUUAUAUCUCCCACUUGGCCAACGUUCUUGUGGUUGGGGACGGGAGGGAGGACGGACAGCCUUGCCUCAGUGCUGUCUACAAGGAGGUGAAAGGGGGUAGAGAAGGCAAACAGCCCCGGAAUAUCUGCACAUUCUGCCUCAGCAACCAACGGAAAGGGGUGAAAGACAAACGAGACUGUGUGAAAAUGCAUGGAAGCAGUGGGAGACAAAUAAGUCGGCGAUGAAACUGUCUGAGUAGGAUUGGAUCAACUUGUCAGAGCAGACUUCAGAGCAAACCUCCACCAAACAUUUCUAGAGUCUGGAAGCAUCUCAGUCUUUGAGGACUACUCUGAAGUUUUGGUUUGGUUCAUUGGUCAAUUUACCCUAUAUCAGAGAGGAGGAUUGACACAAAAACCUGAAGAUACAGUCACUUGUUCCAGGACACUAACUAAUGUCAUAGGGGAACAUUGCAAAAAGUUACUUUUAAAUUAGAGCUGCUAUAUGUUCUUUUCAUUUGAAUGACAGACAUGUUCAGGGAAUUAGUGAAAUAGACAUACAGUGAAAUUGUACACAAGGGGCAGAAUUUGUUCAAAUUUAAAAAAGAAGGCCUACAUCAUUUUUGUUUAUUUGAAAUCUACUGACUAUAAUAUAUACAACAUUACCUGCUCUGUAUUACUAAAAUGCUUAUUAUCAGAGAGCAGCAUUGAUAAUACUUUUGGAUCCAAAACCCAAAAGGAUAUCCUUUUAGGGUGCGUUUAGAUGAACUUAAAGUUCCCCAAUAUACAACAAAUUUUAACCAAAUCUGUGUUAUCAAGGUUGUAGGAUGCUGGUUAAGGCUUAUGUAUAUGAAUACAUAAUGUGUUCUAGUUCAAAUUACCAAAGCAUUACGAGACUGCUGGACAAAUGCAUCUAUCAGAGUUACAGAGAUGCUGUUGGUGCCUCUCCCCUUAGCUGUAUUGGGUAAGGUAUGAGUCAAACUCAUAAGAGUUUGCAUCUUUCUUUGAGACGAAACUAAGAGGAUUUGGGGAAGUUUGGUUCACAAACAGACUUGUAGCUUACCGCAGAGCAGUUUCAGGAAUGAAACGUGAAAGGACAGACCUGUCCAUGCACCUGAGCUGCUGUUGUGAGGUGGUGUGCAACAGGACACAUUUGUGGGACACUAUUUUGUUUGCUUUUUCAUUACAUGUUGUAAUCUACUUUGAAAUUAAAUUUAUUUUUACAUA